CUAGCCACCCACCAAUCAAAACAUCGCAGGCAAACGUCCGCCGAAAUUUCAAAAACAUUUUCGUUUGCUGCUAUUGUGAGUUUUUUGCUAGCUAUUUUAAACUAUUAGUUGAACGCGUUAUGGAUCCCUUUAGUGAAGACCAUACGAAAAUGUACUUUUAUGAAACCAGAUUGAAUACCUACGUGGGGUGGCCGUUCGAAGAGGGCUGCGCGUGCACUCCAGAGAACAUGGCCAAAGCUGGAUUCAUCCACACACCAACAGAGAACAGCCCGGACAUAGCCAAGUGCUUCUUCUGUCUCAAAGAAUUGGAGGGCUGGGAGCCAGAUGAUGACCCAGAGAAGGAGCAUAAGUCUCAUUCACCCAGCUGCAACUUCAUCUCCCUGAAGAAGAGUGUGAAUGAUCUGACUGUGGAAGAGUUCCUCAAACUCCAGAAAGAGAAGCAGAAAUUCCACAUUAAAAAGUAUUGCAAUGAGGCCAUCACUAAGUUUGAGGAGGCGGCAAAAAGCAGAAGAGGUGAGAUCAUCAAGACUGCCAUGGAUGAAGAGUGAUGUGGAGGGACCUGUUUGAGUACUUUAUAAAUGUUCUGCUCUGGAGUAAUCACUGCUAGUGCAGUAGCCUAAUGUACAUAUUCUGUCUGUCUGCAUUAGCUAGGUGUUUUUACCAAUAAAUAUUUUAUUUCACAA